UCGUCCGCUUUCCGGCGCCGAGCUUCUGACUCGGUUAACCUCGAGCGCGCAGUCAGGCAGUCAGUACCCGAACUACAAACCUUUCGUUCACAUCUAUUACCCGUCUCCCCGCUAACAACUAGAUAUCUAAACUGAAAAAAAAAUUAAAAUGCGAUCUAUUGUGUUUAUUUGGCUUGUUUUGGCCAUCGUAGUAGUUCAAGAGGCGAGAGCCGACGCGUACACGACGUGCGAGGACCAGAGCUUCCAGAUCACGAUGAAGGGGCCGUCGCUGAGUCAAGGCUGCGAGGAGGUGCACGGCCAGUUGGUCCUCUCCGACCAGGCGAGUCAAGAUUUUUGUCUUUUGACGCCCCUCCCUUAUCCCUCGCCGGCAGAGCUGCGGUGCCCGAAGCCCUACAUGGAGACGAUGGGGGAGUGCUUCUACGUCAGUAACUUCGCCCUCAAGUGGGAGGAGGCGGAGAGGUACUGCCAGGAGAUGGACGGCGACCUGGCCACGCCCAAGCACGUCCCUGCCCUGCAGCUGCUGCUCGAGGAACACGACGAAGCGGACUUCCUCUGGCUAGGCGGCAACGACCGUCCCUACAGCGGCAUCUGGCUGUGGCUGGACGGCAGGCACGUGGACCACACGCACUUCCGCCCCGGCCAUCCUUGGACCUCCGACACCAGCAACAGCUACUGCCUUCUCAUCGGCUGGAAGAACCACCCGCCUCUUGAAACCUACUACUGCCGCAAGAUGAACAACUUCGUCUGCCAGCACAGUCCUUGAUGGCAGCGCGGAGUGCCAGCUAGGUGAUGGCGGGAUGGGUGCGUGCAGGAGGCGCCAGUGGAAAGACUGAUUAUUGAUGUUUUAUUUUUUAGGUUUGAUUCAAAGGUUGCACAAAGAGAAGGAUUUGUUGUCAUUAGAGCAGGGCCACUGAUCUGGUAAUUUACUACGGUUGUUAUCAUUAUUAUAUUUAAUUAUUAUUAUAUUAUUGUAUUAUUAUUAUAUCAUUGCAUUUUUAUUAUUAUAUUAUUGUAUUAUAAUUAUAUCAUUGCAUUAUUAUUAUUAUCAUUAUCAUUAUUAUUAUUACUAUUAUCAUUAUUAUUAUUAUUAUUAUCAUUAUUGUUAUUAUUAUCAUUACUAUUAUUGUUAUUAUUAUUAUCAUUAUUAUUAUUAUUAUCAUUAUUAUUAUUAUUAUCAUCAUCAUUAUUAUUAUUAUUAUUAUUAAUAUCAUUGCUGUUGUUAUUGUUAUUAUUAUUAUUAUAAUUAUUAUUAUUAUCUUUAUAAUUAUUAUUAUUAUCAUUGCUACUACUACUAUUGUUAUUAUUAUUAACAUCCUUAUUAUUAUCAUUAUCAUUGUAAGCCCUAUUAUCAUCGUGGUUAUUAUCAUAAUCAUUUUUAUUAUCAAUAUUGUUAUUGUUAUUAUUGUUAUUAUUAUUAUUAUUAUUACCUCCGCCAAUGAGGUUAUGUUUUUGACGGCGUUGGUUUGUUUGUUAGCAGCCUAGCUCAAAAAGUGCUGGCCCGGAUUUCAUCGAAUUUUUGGGGACAAGUCAGAAAGGGACUAACUUAGAACUGAUUAAAUUUUGGUGACAUUCCGAAUUACCGUCUGGUUAUUAUUAUUAUCAUUAUUUAAUCAAUAAAGGUGGUAACAAGUUCGGUACACAAAUCUACGGUAAACGUGUGCCACACUUCACUGACAUUCCGAAUUACCGUCUGGACGCAGCAGCGGUGUAAGUACAUUAUAUACGCACCUUGGCGGAGGUCUGCACUCUCUGAGUGCUUUUCUAGUUAUUAUUAAUAUUAUUACUACCAUUACUAUUGCCAUUCACAUUAUUUACAUCCAUAUUAUUUUUCAUUGUUAUUAUCAUGAAGGUUACGAUAAUGAUAAUUAUUUAUGUUAUCAAAAUCACUGUUAUCUUCAUCUUAACUAAUUUUAUUUUUGUAGCUUUUGCCCAAAUAUAAAUACCUUCAGUUACUUAUUAUAA